AUGAGGCUCUCUGGCGUGUCCGCGGCCUUGGUGCUGCUUUCGGUCGACGUUGUUUACGGUCACGGUCACCGCCAUAUUCACCGACGACAAGCCCAUGUGCACCGACCCAGUCCUAGGGCGAACGACCCUGCUCCUGCCAUCGAAAAGCGUACUACCUGCUCGCUUCCUAACGACGGCGAUCUCCACUAUGUUCCUGGCGGCAUGAACAACGGUUUCGCAAUGAGCCCCGAUCAGCCCUGCACCGCCGGCAUGUACUGCCCGAUUGCUUGCAAGCCCGGCAAGGUUAUGGCCCAGUGGGAACCUGGGUCGUCUUACAACUAUCCUUCCUCGAUGAACGGUGGCCUGUACUGCGAUUCAAAUGGUCAGGCGCAGAAGCCAUUCAAGGAUUCUCCCUACUGUGUUGAUGGAACCGGCUCCAUCAAUGCUGUGAAUGAGGCGGGAAGCAAGGUGUCCUUCUGCCAGACGGUCCUCCCUGGAAAUGAAGCCAUGUUGAUCCCGACCGUCGUUGACAGCAGCGCUGUUCUCGCUGUCCCUGAUCCUAGCUACUGGGCUUCGACUGCUGCCCACUAUUACAUCAACCCUCCUGGUGUUGGCGAUGAAGGCUGCAUCUGGGGUGACAGCUCGAAGCCUAUCGGCAACUGGGCUCCGUAUGUUGCCGGUGCGAAUACUGACAAGAGUGGUCAGACCUUCGUCAAGCUUGGUUUCAAUCCUAUUUUCGAAUUCGAGGGUGCUGGUCUCGAGAAGAACCCUCUCACUUUCGGCGUCAAGAUCGAGUGCCCUGGCGGUGGAUGCAACGGUCUCCCCUGCGAGCUCAACCCGGCCAAGAAGGGAUUGGGCGACGUCGUCAGCAAUCAGUCGGCCGUCGGAGCUGGUGGCUCGUCGUUCUGCGUUGUGACUGUCCCGUCUGGUUCUAAGGCUAAUAUUGUUGUUUUCAACACCGACGGCUCGAGUGGUGGAAAUAACAAUAAGGACAAGGAGAAGGAGAAGCCACAGCCUCAGCCGCAACCUGAGACCACUAAAGUGAAGGAGGAACCCUCGCCAAGCUCCACAGCCGAUGCACCUUCAUCUUCCGCGGAGGCUGAAAGCGAAAGCACGACUGAGGGCCCGUCCAGUUCUACCCGUCCCACCGUCAAGCCUGGUAUCUUCCUUGAAACUGAUGCGCAGACGUCGAACUCGCCUUCUACCCAGAGCUCAGAUGACUCGGCUCCCACCAGUGCUGACUCGACCCCGACCGAGUCCCAGUCCAACGAGAACGAGGCUCCCGGUCUUCAGCAAGGUAGCGCUGCUGUUGCUGGCCUCGUGGUCGCACUGGCGGCUGCAGCUGUCUUGUACUGA